GAGUUCCAUUUUCACACUAACUCUUUAGGGAACCUUCACUAGUGAAGACAUCAAACUUUCAAAAGUAGAUAAGCAAAACCACGCCCCUAAAAACACUCAGAUAUCCGUGGUUUGAUCCCAAAGUCAUCAAUGGAUGUAACCUCCAUUUCUCAAGCCAUGCAACUUCAUGCUCAAGCACUCAAAUUAGGAUCACAACCUCACCAUCACAACUACAGCAAACUCUUCACUUUCUCUGCGCUAUCUCCUUCUGGUGACCUUAACUAUGCUCGUCUUAUACUCAACUCUCUUCAAACCCCAAAUUCUUACUUCUGGAACACCAUGGUUAGAGCCUACUCUGAAAGUUCUGAUCCUUUUGAAUCUAUUUCACUCUUUAUUGCAAUGAAACUGGAGCAACCUUCUGCCAUUGCUCCAAGACCUGACAAGUUUACUUACCCUUUUGUUGUCAAAGCUUGUAGUAGAUUGAAAGACGCCAACUUGGGUAAACAAGUUCAUUGUUUGAUUUGUAAAGUGGGUUUUGAUUCUGAUAGGUAUAUAUGCAAUUCUUUGAUUCAUAUGUAUAUGAAAUUUAACGAUUUGGGUUCUGCACGUAAGGUGUUUGAUAGAAUGCCUGACAGAGAUGUUGUUUCUUGGACUUCUGUAAUUGAUGGACUUGUUGAUAAUGGUAGAGGUAUUGAAGCAAUUAAGCUUUUUGAUGAGAUGAUUGAUAGUGGAAUAGAACCUAAUGAUGCGACAAUCGUGUCGGUUUUGAGGGCUUGUGCGGAGACAGGAGCAUUAGAGGUAGGGAGACGAGCUCAAAGAAUUGUUAAGGAACAGGAGCUUGGUUUAAAAUCUAAUGUUAGUACUGCAUUGAUUGAUAUGUACUCGAAAUGUGGUUGUAUCGAUAGUGCUAGGAACGUAUUUAACGAGGUUUUUGAUAAGGAUGUGUGUGCUUGGACUGCCAUGAUUCAUGGUCUUGCAAGUCAUGGUAUGAGUAGAGAGGCAUUAGACUCUUUUGCAGAGAUGAAAAACUCAGGUGUAAUGCCUGACGAGCGAACCAUGACUGCUGUUCUCACAGCGUGUAGGAAUGCCGGUUGGAUGACCGAAGCUUACCAUUACUUUAAGGACAUGAAGAAGAAAUAUGGAAUCAAACCAAACCUUCAGCAUCAUGGAUGUAUAGUAGACCUUUAUGCGCGAUCAGGGAAGUUAACGGAGGCUGAAGAUUUCAUUAGGAAGAUGGGUGUUAAGGCGGAUGCUGUUCUAUGGAGAACUGUCAUAUGGGCGUGUCGAAUUCAUGGAGAUACUGAUCGCGCAGAACGUCUGAUAAAGGACAUAGAUGUAGAUUUUACUGACCCUGGAAGUUAUGUACUUCUUAGUAAUAUUUAUGCAUCUGCUGGAAAAUGGCAUGAUAAGGCAAUGUGUAGGGAAACAAUGAAUAGACAAGGACUCGUUAAAGCACCGGGUUCUAGUAAGAUCGAGAUUGAUGGUAGUGUUUAUGAGUUUACAGCAGGAGAUUCUAGUCACAUUGAAGCACAUAAUAUUUAUGAGAAGUUGGAUGAAAUAUACAAGAAGUUGACAGAAGAAGGCUAUAAACCCGAGCUUUCAGAGGUGUUGCUUGAAGUCGAUGAUGAAGAGAAGGCGUUCCAAUUGCUUCAUCAUAGUGAAAAACUCGCUAUAUCCUAUGGACUGAUAAAAACGAAGCCAGGAUCGCAACUUAGGAUCGUAAAGAAUUUACGAUCAUGUGAGGAUUGCCAUUCUUUUAUGAAACUGAUCUCGAGAGUGUAUGAGAGGGAGAUUAUAGUUAGGGAUCGAAUUCGUUUCCAUCAUUUUAGAGAUGGGAUAUGCUCCUGUGGAGAUUACUGGUGACGGAAAUGCAAUCCCUGCAACCUAAAUACUUCCUCUGUUCCAUUAUACUUCUAUUAAUAGAGACAUUUUGCCACACUACAUAUCAGAAUCGGGUGUUAGUAUUUCAGAACGGAUGAAGUAUUACCGUUGAUAAGGGUAUGAUCUACCCUCUCGGUUUGAUCAUAUCUUCUAUGAGCGGGAGAUUAUAGUGAGGGAUCGAUUUGUUUCCAUCAUUUUAGAGAUGGGAUAUGCUCCUGUGGAGAUUACUGGUGGCGGAAAUUCAUUCCCUCAAGGGUUUCACUGAGUGAAGCCUACAUACUACAAGGGUUUCACUGACUGCAACCUACAUACUACCAUAGAUAAGUUAUUAUCUGCCCUCUGGGUAUGAUCAUAUCUUCUAUGAGUAGGAUAUAUUAAAUUAUGAUGAUGGAAAUUCAAUCCCUACAAUCCCCUUUUUGUUGUUUGCUAUAAUGUGGACAAUCUUGUUCAAAUCUAGUGUUUUGGAAAAAUUUAAGACUAGAGAGGUGAUUUCUGAGUUUUUACAAUUAUAGAAGUGAGUUUUAACAAUAUAAUCAUCUUAUCAGUUUGUUCUAGUUGUCACUAGUAAAUUUUUCACUGUGAGCCCAUUAAUUUAUAAUUGGACAGGAGCGUCAUUGUUUUCGAAUUCGUACGUUGUUUUUUUAUGAAAGAUCGAGACUUUUUGUUUCUAGUUAUAACCAUUGACUCUGAUGCCAAGUUAAAAUUUUUGUUUCUUUAUUAUUA